AUGUGUUCACGUGAUAAUGUACCUUAUACAAAUACAAAAGCGAAAUGGAUUCGUAUUCUUGUGUUACUCAUUGAUCUAAUCUUGUUAAUUCGACCAACCAUUGCUAUUAUAUCUGUAUUAUUAACAUUGUGGACGAAAUCAAGUUUGCCUGAUCAUAAUCAUAUUCUUCGUGAAUUUCAAAUAUGGUCAACACUUGGUGGUGGUAUUGUUAUUAUGUUAUCAUUCAUUUGGUUAUUAGAAGCAAGAGUUAUGGUCGAACCGGCUAGUAAUGAAUAUGAAAUGACAGCUCGAUAA